UGUGUUGUCUCAGUGUGAAUCAAGUGAUUAUACUUCUAUGCCAAUAACUUGCCCUAAAUGUGUGGAUAUGCCUAUAGCCAAACACAGGCAAGAGAUAGUGUCUCUGAUAGAAAGUAAUUCAGUUACAAUUGUACAAGGAGCAACUGGCAGUGGUAAGAGCACGCAGAUUCCACAGUAUGUUUUGGAUGACUGUAUUCAGCGUUCUAUCUACUGCAACAUCGCUGUUGCCCAGCCUCGGAAAAUUGGUGCCAGCAGCAUUGCCAGGUGGAUUAGCAAGGAGCGAUCCUGGAUGCUGGGUGGAUUUGUAGGAUACCAGGUAGGUUUGGAGAACGUUUCCACAAAGGAUACAAGGUUGUUGUAUGUGACAACUGGAGUUCUUCUUCAGAAAAUAGUUUUUGCCAGAAGCCUAGCUGAAUUCACGCACAUUUUCAUUGAUGAAGUGCAUGAGCGUACUGAAGAAAUGGAUUUCUUGCUCUUGGUGAUUCGUAAACUGUUGCAUGCAAAUCCACAGUCUGUAAAGGUAAUACUGAUGUCAGCUUCCAUCAACUGUAAAGAAUUUGCUGAUUACUUUGCGCUUCCCCUUUCUAAUGGUCUGAAUCCAGCCUAUGUAUUUAAGGUGGAAGGCAAACCUUACACAAUUGAAGAAUAUUAUCUUGAUGAUUUGAAACACAUUGUUCAUUUCAAGCUUCCUUCUCAAAAAGUUGAGGAACCAGUGAUAGCAAUGGCAAUGUAUGAAGCAGCAGUGUCUUUGAUUGAGUCAUUUGAUGAGUUAGAGAUGAAGAGCAAUAAGGAGGAAAAAAAAUUGACCGUUAUAUCAGAACGGGGAAGUGUGCUAGUGUUUUUACCAGGUUUGAAUGAAAUAAGCUACAUGCAUUCGCAUCUCUCAAAUAUGUUUAACAAGAGGUGGCAAGUGUAUCCUCUUCACUCAUGUGUGACAUUAGAGGAACAAAGUAAUGUAUUUUUGCCUACAGUGCCUGGCUACAGAAAAGUUAUUCUGUCUACAAACAUAGCUGAGAGCUCUGUAACAGUACCUGAUGUUAAAUAUGUGAUAGAUUUCUGCUUAAUGAGAACUUUGGUUUGUGAUGAGGAAACUAAUUAUCGAAGCUUGAGACUUUGCUGGGCAUCCAAAACAAACUGUAAUCAAAGAAAAGGUCGUGCUGGACGUGUUUCCCAAGGGUAUUGUUACAGGCUUGUAUACAAGGACUUCUGGACAAACUUUAUUCCAGAGAAGCCAAUACCUGAGAUACUGCGUUGUCCAUUGGGAGCUACAGUCUUAAAAAUAAAAAUGCUUGAUAUGGGAGGACCAAAAGAUUUGCUGUUGACAGCUCUUUCCCCACCAGCUGUACAUGAUAUUGAACGUACCAUACUUCAGCUGAAAGAGCUGGGAGCAUUAACCACCUGUGUGCAAACUGAAGAAAAUCCAUAUGAUGGUGAGCUGACUUUCCUUGGAAAGGUAUUGGCACACUUGCCAGUGGACCUGCAUCUUGGAAAACUGAUAGUCCUUGGGCACGUGUUCGGGUGUUUAGAAGAAUGUCUUAUUAUAGCUGCAGCCCUUUCUUUGCGGAAUUUUUUUGCUGUGCCUUUCAAACACCACAUCGAUGGAUACAGGAACAAACUGUUUUUUGCUGAGAAUUGUAAGAGUGACUGUGUUGCGAUUGUGAAUGCAUUUAAGGCAUGGCAGGCCUGCAGACAAAGAGGAGAGCUGAAAAAUCCUAAGAGAGAGCUUGAGUGGGGUCGAUUGAAUUAUAUUCAUAUCAAGAGGAUCAGAGAGGUGUCAGAGUUAUUUCACAAUUUGAAAGUGCGAGUCAAAGCAUUUAACAUGUAUGUUAAUACUCAACCGUCUGCUGUGGAUCAGGAAUUUGUAUACAAACAGCGCUUCAUUUUGCAGGUUGUAAUAGCUGGUGCUUUCUAUCCGAACUACUUUACUUUUGGAAGAUGUGACAAAGAAAUUGCUAUGAAGAACCUUGCUGGCAAAGAUCCGAAAACCACUGUCAUGUUGAGGAAUAUUCCUCCAUAUGGAUAUCUAUACCAUAAACAGUUGCAAUCACUGUUUAGACAAUGUGGGCAGGUAAAAUCUAUUGCCUAUGAUGGAUCAAAGGCUUUUGUGGAGUUUUCUCGUGACCCCAUGGAGGGCUUUAAGAUUCUUCCUGCAGUGUACCUGUCAGUCAAGAUGUCACAACUGAAAAUUCCUCUGGAGCUGGAUGUUCAUUUUCCAGAGGAUAUUGGAAGGCAAAUGCAAGAUGGGACAGGUGUGAAGUAUCAAAGAGUAAAUGUGGACUAUCAGAAGAAGACAGUGGAGCCUGUGGAAGUUUCAUUUGGUACUUUACAGCAGUCAAAGAUGAUCCCAGAUCACCUUCUGUCUAUCAAGAUAACAGAGAUAGUGGAAGUUGGACACUUCUGGGGUUACAGGAUCAAUGAGAAAAAUAGGAAAGCACUCCAGGAUCUAACUGCUGAAAUUAACUACCAGAACCUGAUGGAUUUACCAGUGUCUCCACAUCCGGAGUUGGUUUGUCUGGCUCCAUUCACUGCUGCAGAAAAUGGAGGAUACUAUAGAGCUCGUAUUCUGUGUGUUUGCGGAGAUUUUGCUGAGGUUUUUUAUGUGGAUUAUGGCAAUAGAUCAAAAGUGCCCUUAAAGAAUUUAAAAGAGAUUCCCAGCCAUCUUCGAGAGCUUCCCUUCCAGGCUUUAGAAUUCAAGAUAUGCAAGAUGCGUCCAUCUGCAAAAUCUCUUGUGUGUGGGGAAUGGUGGAGUUACAGUGCUAGCCAGAGAUUUGCCUCACUAGUAAAUGGCUAUACUCUUCUAGCCAAGGUGCAUUCAUUUGUGCAUGGUGUCCUGCAUGUGGAUGUUUUUCAUCACUCAAAGUUCAAAGAGCUUGUGAAUAUUCGAGAUGUGCUUAUUGAAGAAUGUUAUGCUGAACUAGCAGUAGAAUCAUGUGAAUCACAACAAAGCCACGAUUCGCUUGAGAGUUUUUCUUUGGACCAAGUAACAAAAGAAGAGAAUGUGGCUGUACCUUCAAGAGAGAACAAAAAGAAUCUCAUUGAGAGAUUGCUAAACUGUUUUUCUGACAAUCAAUGCAAAGUGCCAACCCAUAAGGUGACAGUCUUUGGCCCCUUCACUCCUUAUGAGGUGAAAUGCUACACUAUGACAAGAGUGUCCCAGUUCAGAAUGGUUUUGAUACAAAAGGAAAGCAUAAACUCUGUUGUUGUCUGUGAUGCUCCAGAAGAUCCCUUUCAGCAGUUGUUGGUUGCUGCUUCUGUAUCAGCAAAUACAACUGGAUCUACUGUGAUUUUAGAGGAAACAUCUUUAAUGCCUCCUAUUCCUGGCCUGCUUGCACUCCUCAGUAUGCUGUUUGCUCCUGCUAUAGAGCUCAGGGUUGAUAAAAGUGGAAAGCAUUUUACUGGUGUUCUGUGUGGCUUGGGUUGGAGUCAAACUUGUGGGGCUCCACUAUUUCCAGAAAAUGACAUGGAACUGACAUUUGAUGUGCAUUUUGGAAUGGAAGAUAUAUCAGAGAUAAACAUCCUAAGGACAGCCAUUAAUAAGCUGCUCUGUGAAUGUGCAGUGUGUUCUGGACAAGAGAUAAUGACACAGCUGCAGGAGAACGUUCGUCAGAAACUUCUGUGUUUAAUCUGCAAACCAAAGCCUCGAGAUAGAAUUGUUCCUACAUGGUAUGAGAAGCCAUAUGCAUGGAAUCAGGUGGAUUCUCAGCAUCUUAUUGACCAGUCCAAAAUGCAGUCUGAAAAAGGAAAUGGUCUUUAUCAGCUACAUAAGCUUGUUGUAUUGAAUGUUUAAGUACUUCCAGAAGUCUUUCACAGGAUGAAGUAUUGCAACUAGUCUAAAAAAUAGUUCUGUCUUCUG